AAGCAUGGCCCCUGGUUUUACACUCCCAAAACCAACUGUAUUUCUCUUUCAGCCAGCCCUAGCCCUCUGCCUCCUUUUAUACUCAGCAUCUCCCCCUCAAAUCGUCUUCACCUACAGAGAUGCAAAUUUUCACAUCUCUGUGUUUAUCUUACUCUUCAGGAUUGGUGUCAAUCUUGAAAUAGGAAUACCCACCUGUGGUAAUAGUCAGUUCUGUGGGUUUCUGUCGUCUUCUUCUUCUUCUUUUUCUUCCCCUGUUUUGGAACAGAGGAGGGAGGUGAGUUUGUGUUCUGGUGGUGAUUUGUUGGUGGGUUUGGGGUGAUACCCGCUUGGUGGUUCUGUGCUUAUUGCGGUUUUUACGGUGCCCCCGAAAUUUGUUGGUGCGCAGAUCGUGAUUCUGCAUUUUGUUUGUUUGUUUUUGUGGUACUUUUGUUGAAUUGUUUGUUUGUUUAGAGUUUGAAUGGGGAUUGAGACGGCUUUACCUGACCGAAAAGGGAAGGUGUUCUAUGAAUUGCCCAAGGAGACGAAUAGCAGGUCGAAGAGGAGCCGUCGACGGCAGAGGAAGGUCUAUCGGGUUCAGAAGCUAUACGAGACAUGCAAGGAGGUGUUUUCUUCCUGUGGGGCUGGGAUUAUUCCUCCUCCGGGUGAUGUCGAAAAGCUCGCCUCGGUCUUGAAUAGCAUGAAAUUGGAGGAUGUCGGCCUGAAUCCGGAAAUGUCGUGUUUUAGGACAGAGGCGCCGGAUGAAGCCCCGAAGAUAACGUACCUGCACCUUUAUGAAUGCGAAAAGUUCUCGAUUGGGAUCUUCUGCUUGCCUCCGUCGGGUGUCAUUCCGCUUCAUAAUCAUCCUGGAAUGACGGUUUUCAGUAAACUUCUCUUCGGGUCGAUGCACAUCAAGUCAUAUGACUGGGCAGUUGAUCCCCCCUGCAAUCCAUCUGCAAAUGCCAAUCCUUCACAAAUCCAGCACCCCGGUGUUCAGUUGGCCAAGGUUAAGGUUGAUGCUGAUUUUACUGCUCCUUGCAACAGCUCCAUCCUGUACCCGGCUGCUGGGGGAAAUAUGCACCGUUUCACAGCAUUGACAGCAUGCGCAGUGCUAGAUGUGCUAGGCCCACCGUACUCUGAUCCUGAAGGCCGGGACUGCACAUAUUACUUUGACUUCCCUUUCACCAAUUUCUCAGUUGAUGGGGUGUCCGUGCCGGAAGAGGAGAGGGAAGGCUACGCAUGGCUCCAAGAGAGGGAGAAACUUGAGGACUUUGCUGUAGUUGGUGCAGUCUACAACGGCCCAAUGAUUGUGGAGUGUUGAUCCCGGCCCACCUGCUUACAUCUUUCCAUGUCAGUGGAUUCGGCUCAGCUACUUCAUCUUCAUCCUUCCAUGUCAACAGCUGCUGACCGCUCUGUGUAGCAGAGAAACCUUUUUGUUUUUCUGGUUUUCUUUUUCUCUUCUUUUCUUUUCUUCUGAGGCCCUUGUUGCUGUCUCUUUCGUUUCUAAAGUUCUUGUACAUACUCAAAAAGAUUAAAAGAACAAAUCACAGUGUUUGAAGUGCAUCGGAAAGAAGCCUGUAAGUGCAUUGAGAAAAUGUAAGAAAGUGCACCCUUUUUCUUGUCCA